AUGGCGGCGCAAGCGGCCCUGAUUGCCGAUACGAUAGUGGGCAUGAAACGGGCCCUUCGCAAUGAGAAUGAUUUUUCGGGACCAGAUGAUCCGAUAACGCAACCAACGAACAGAGGAAACAAACUUCGGGGGAAUGCGAGAUUUGUGAAAGAAGGCGCAAUGGGUUAUAUCCAUGCCGAGGGUCUAUAUAAACAGAAAAUCGAACAUGCCGGAUAUACCCGCUACAUCCUCCACCACAACCCCGUGCGCUACGACUCUGAGGGCGAUGAGCUUGAUGAUGACGACGAGGAUUCGGAGGCAGAUGCAGCCGUGGCGGAAGAGAAUCCGUUUUCUGAGAUUGCCCUGGAACAUUUUCUAUGCCCUCUGAAGCAUCCAUCCGAGCUUCCCUCCCACCCUUCGUUAUCUCACGCGUAUACUUCUAAAGCUCUUUCGCACAUGACACAAGCAAUCGAAGCUAAAUUGCGCCAGGAGCGAGCCCUGCUAUGGCGGGCAAGAAACCUACACCGGCAAUUGCUUGGCGACGGGUCUUGGGCGCCGUGCGGCAUAUUCGAGACGCCUGAGGACAGAUUGAUUUUUGAACCCCAAAUAGUCAGCACAGGGCACAGUUCCCCAUUGCCACACUACGAGACGAACGGGCUCCAGGUCUCAAGCGGUGGAGGGCUUGACAGCUUGAAGGACAGUGGACAAAACUCUUUAUCCACGAAAGAAACUGAAUCCUCACAGCAUGGAGGCGAUAAGCUUGUCAAUACAACAAUCAAUGCGGAAAUGAAAGUUCGGCUGAAUGGAGCCACCGAGAACGCGUCGUAUUAUCCCGAUACUGGUCACUCAAAAGAGCCGAAGUUUGAAGAAGUUGAUACGGCUGUUAGCGAUCUCCCGCAACAUUCAGAAACUCAAGGUGGAGACAACAUCAACGGCAGCAGACCACACAAUACGCCUGGAGAUUUGGAUAGAAUUUUAGAGACAGAUGGAAUGGUGGGCAAGGAGACGAAGGAGAACGGAAACACUGAACCAUAUCGUCAGAACAAUAAUGAUGGGCAGAAUGCGAAUGAAGAUGUUGAAAUGGAAAAUAUCUCAUCCCCAGAGCCUCCAAGACGCAUGACGACCAGAGCUCAGACCAACGCAGGCCCACCACAGCACGACGCCGACUCCAGGCGUGCAUCCCCCUCCGCAUCUAGCGAUACGCUAAGCUCCCUCCCCACACCUCAUCCGCUCUAUCUCGUGCCAGAAUCGGUUCGACCAGAUCCCAACUUUGGCCUGCCUCCAAAUGAAGCUGAGGACACCCGCCGGCUACUCUGGUCGUACGUCCAAAAACAGGAAGAGACAGUUCGUGGGCUCGAACACAUGCAUGAGAGCCUUUUACGAGCUUGCCGGAUGAAAGAAGAUGUCUUCGAAUGGUGCAAAGCCGAGGGACAUGUUGGCGAGUUGAGCGACGGAGAGGACUGGUAUGAUCGUGAGAAGUGGGGUCUCGCAGAAGGGGAGGACCUCAAGAAAGGCGCGGACGAAGAUGAUAUUGAGCCGGUCGAGGAGAGCCGGUCGUCAAAUAAGCGAGGUAGAGGCCGCCGCGCAUAG